AUAGUUUUUAGUAGUAGUGGGAAUCGUAUGACUAGGGAAUGUAUAGUCCAGUUCAGUUGUGCUUGAAGUAAGCGUGGAAUUGAACCACCAAUUUACCAUAAAAAUCAUAGAAAAACAGCAAAUUCAUGAUAUUUUGCCACUUACAUAUAGAUAACACUAUUAAUUGAAAUCAGUGCUUUUGGCAGAUAAUUAGUCAAACAAAAUGAUAAAAGUGACGAUUCCAGAAAAUUUCCGUGACUGUACAUUGAUAAUUCCUGCAGUAGCAGUGGGAAAUGUAGCACAGUUGACCAUUGAUCUCAUAAUUUCAAACGGUGAAUUCGAAAGAAUAGGACACAUAACGAGUUCCUGCUUCAUUCCAAUUAUCGGUGGCAAUCCCUAUGUCGAUAAUUCAACGGAACUUUGUACCUCGUGUGAUAUUUAUCAUAAUUUCCAGAGAAAAUUAAUUGCUAUUCAGAUACGAUCACCUGUCACAAAGAAACCCAGCGCUUUGUUCAAUUCUAUUAAGCAGUUUGUUGAUGAUCAUGGGAUUGACAAGGUUAUCAUUUUAACGAGCGGAUGGGCCCACACAAGAAUUGAUACUCAAAUUCAAAGUGAUCCAAUGCGAUAUUUGGUUUCAUCGAGUUUUCUAUCGAAAUACGGACAAAAGAUUGAUGAUUCUGGAUGGAUAGCACUUGAGGAGAGACCAUUCAGGUGUGGAACGGGAGGUGAUGUGAGAAUACCUGGUGGUGGAUUCGCUCAUCAGUUAUUUGAAUUUCUUAAACAGUGUGAAAUUCCCACAGCAAUUCUCCUUCGAUUCUGUUCAGAAGGAGAUAAUAUACUGGAUGCUGUAGCUCUUUUGAAUUAUACAUGUAAAUGGAUUUCGAUGACUAUUUCUGACAUUAGGGUGCCGAAUUCGUGGAAAUUUCUGUACGGAAAACCGGCUCCUAAUAAUCUCCCUAACAUUGGAAUGGCAAAUUUAUGGAAAUUCGAUAAAUAAUUGAAAAUUAGUCCCGAUCAGUCAUCAUCGUGAUUGAGAGCUUUGCUUUCGCCGAGAAGGCAGCAUAUGAUACAACAACAGCGAGAACUACCGCAAGUAAUUCGGAAUUGAUCCAGGGUCCUUGAUAAACACCUGGGUUAUUGAGUGUUACAACUGCCAAAGGUUUAACAGCCUCCG